AUGUUUUUAGAGAAUCAUCUCUGCCCACGCUCUGCUCAGGGGAGAAAGACUGCUCUGUGUCAUAGUGUGCUGGCUGAGGGACGGUGGGUGGGGGUCGGAGGGUCUGUGGGCGGUUGGUGGUGGGUCUGUGGGCGGUUGGUGGUGGGUCUGUGGGCGGUUGGUGGUGGGUCUGUGGGCGGUUGGUGGUCGGUCUGCGGGCGGUGGGUCUGUGGGUGGUUGGUGGUGGGUCUGCGGGCGGUUGGUGGUGGGUCUGCGGGCGGUGGGUCUGUGGGUGGUUGGUGGUGGGUCUGCGGGCGGUUGGUGGUGGGUCUGCGGGCGGUUGGUGGUGGGUCUGUGGGUGGUUGGUGGUGGGUCUGUGGGUGGUUGGUGGUGGGUCUGUGGGCGGUUGGUGGUGGGUCUGUGGGUGGUUGGUGGUGGGUCUGUGGGUGGUUGGUGGUCGGUCUGUGGGCGGUUGGUGGUGGGUCUGUGGGCGGUGGGUGGUCGGUCUGUGGGUGGUUGGUGGUGGGUCUGUGGGCGGUUGGUGGUGGGUCUGUGGGCGGUUGGUGGUGGGUCUGCGGGCGGUUGGUGGUCGGUCUGCGGGCGGUUGGUGGUGCGUCUGUGGGCGGUUGGUGGUGGGUCUGUGGGCGGUGGGUGGUGGGUCUGCGGGCGGUUGGUGGUGGGUCUGUGGGCGGUUGGUGGUGGGUCUGUGGGCGGUGGGUGGUGGGUCUGUGGGCGGUGGGUGGUGGGUCUGCGGGCGGUUGGUGGUGGGUCUGUGGGCGGUUGGUGGUGGGUCUGUGGGCGGUUGGUGGUGGGUCUGUGGGCGGUUGGUGGUGCGUCUGUGGGUGGUUGGUGGUGGGUCUGUGGGUGGUUGGUGGUCGGUCUGUGGGUGGUUGGUGGUGGGUCUGUGGGUGGUUGGUGGUGGGUCUGUGGGCGGUUGGUGGUGCGUCUGUGGGUGGUUGGUGGUGGGUCUGUGGGUGGUUGGUGGUCGGUCUGUGGGUGGUUGGUGGUGGGUCUGUGGGCGGUUGGUGGUCGGUCUGUGGGUGGUUGGUGGUGGGUCUGUGGGUGGUUGGUGGUGGGUCUGUGGGCGGUUGGUGGUGGGUCUGUGGGCGGUUGGUGGUGGGUCUGUGGGCGGUUGGUGGUGGGUCUGUGGGCGGUUGGUGGUGGGUCUGUGGGCGGUUGGUGGGGCGUCUGUGGGUGGUGGUUGGUGGUGGGUCUGUGGGUGGUUGGUGGUGGGUCUGUGGGCGGUUGGUGGUGGGUCUGUGGGUGGUUGGUGGUGGGUCUGUGGGCGGUUGGUGGUGGGUCUGUGGGUGGUUGGUGGUGGGUCUGUGGGUGGUGGUGGUGGUCUGUGGGUGGUUGGUGGUGGGUCUGUGGGCGGUUGGUGGUCGGUCUGCGGGCGGUUGGUGGUCGGUCUGUGGGCGGUUGGUGGUGGGUCUGUGGGCGGUUGGUGGUGGGUCUGUGGGCGGUUGGUGGUGGGUCUGCGGGCGGUUGGUGGUGCGUCUGUGGGUGGUUGGUGGUCGGUCUGUGGGCGGUUGGUGGUGGGUCUGUGGGUGGUUGGUGGUGGGUCUGUGGGUGGUUGGUGGUGGGUCUGUGGGUGGUUGGUGGUGCGUCUGUGGGUGGUUGGUGGUCGGUCUGUGGGCGGUUGGUGGUGGGUCUGCGGGCGGUUGGUGGUGCGUCUGUGGGUGGUUGGUGGUCGGUCUGCGGGCGUUGGUGGUGGGUCUGUGGGUGGUUGGUGGUGGGUCUGUGGGCGGUUGGUGGUCGGUCUGCGGGCGGUUGGUGGUCGGUCUGUGGGCGGUUGGUGGUGGGUCUGUGGGCGGUUGGUGGUGGGUCUGUGGGCGGUUGGUGGUGGGUCUGCGGGCGGUUGGUGGUGCGUCUGUGGGUGGUUGGUGGUGGGUCUGUGGGCGGUUGGUGGUGCGUCUGUGGGCGGUUGGUAGUGGGUCUGCGGGGCGGUUGGUGGUGCGUCUGUGGGUGGUUGGUGGUGGGUCUGUGGGUGGUUGGUGGUGGGUCUGUGGGUGGUUGGUGGUCGGUCUGUGGGCGGUUGGUGGUCGGUCUGCGGGCGGUUGGUGGUGGGUCUGUGGGCGGUUGGUGGUCGGUCUGUGGGUGGUUGGUGGUGGGUCUGUGGGUGGUUGGUGGUCGGUCUGUGGGUGGUUGGUGGUGGGUCUGUGGGCGGUUGGUGGUGGGUCUGUGGGCGGUUGGUGGUGGGUCUGUGGGCGGUUGGUGGUGGGUCUGUGGGCGGUUGGUGGUGGGUCUGUGGGCGGUUGGUGGUGCGUCUGUGGGUGGUUGGUGGUGGGUCUGUGGGCGGUUGGUGGUCGGUCUGUGGGUGGUUGGUGGUGGGUCUGUGGGUGGUUGGUGGUGGGUCUGUGGGUGGUUGGUGGUGGGUCUGUGGGUGGUUGGUGGUGGGUCUGUGGGCGGUUGGUGGUGGGUCUGUGGGUGGUUGGUGGUCGGUCUGCGGGCGGUGGGUGGUGGGUCUGUGGGUGGUUGGUGGUGGGUCUGUGGGUGGUUGGUGGUCGGUCUGUGGGCGGUUGGUGGUGGGUCUGUGGGCGGUUGGUGGUGGGUCUGUGGGUGGUUGGUGGUGGGUCUGUGGGUGGUUGGUGGUGGGUCUGUGGGCGGUUGGUGGUGGGUCUGUGGGCGGUUGGUGGUGGGUCUGUGGGCGGUUGGUGGUGGGUCUGUGGGUGGUUGGUGGUCGGUCUGCGGGCGGUGGGUGGUGGGUCUGUGGGUGGUUGGUGGUCGGUCUGCGGGCGGUGGGUGGUGGGUCUGUGGGCGGUUGGUGGUCGGUCUGCGGGCGGUGGGUGGUGGGUCUGUGGGCGGUUGGUGGUCGGUCUGCGGGCGGUGGGUGGUGGGUCUGUGGGUGGUUGGUGGUCGGUCUGCGGGCGGUGGGUGGUGGGUCUGUGGGUGGUUGGUGGUCGGUCUGCGGGCGGUGGGUGGUGGGUCUGUGGGUGGUUGGUGGUCGGUCUGCGGGCGGUGGGUGGUGGGUCUGUGGGCGGUUGGUGGUCGGUCUGCGGGCGGUGGGUGGUGGGUCUGUGGGCGGUUGGUGGUCGGUCUGCGGGCGGUGGGUGGUGGGUCUGUGGGCUGUUGGUGGUCGGUCUGCGGGCGGUGGGUGGUGGGUCUGUGGGCGGUUGGUGGUCGGUCUGCGGGCGGUGGGUGGUGGGUCUGUGGGUGGUUGGUGGUGGGUCUGUGGGCGGUUGGUGGUCGGUCUGUGGGCGGUUGGUGGUCGGUCUGUGGGUGGUUGGUGGUGGGUCUGUGGGUGGUUGGUGGUGGGUCUGUGGGCGGUUGGUGGUGCGUCUGUGGGCGGUUGGUGGUGGGUCUGCGGGCGGUUGGUGGUCGGUCUGUGGGCGGUUGGUGGUCGGUCUGUGGGCGGUUGGUGGUGGGUCUGUGGGUGGUUGGUGGUGGGUCUGUGGGUGGUUGGUGGUGGGUCUGUGGGCGGUUGGUGGUGGGUCUGUGGGUGGUUGGUGGUGGGUCUGUGGGUGGUUGGUGGUGGGUCUGUGGGUGGUUGGUGGUCGGUCUGUGGGCGGUUGGUGGUGGGUCUGUGGGUGGUUGGUGGUGGGUCUGUGGGUGGUUGGUGGUGGGUCUGUGGGCAGUCUGUGCUUCACCUCCUGCAUUAGUCUGUCCUUCACCUCCUCCAUCAGUCUGUGCUUCACCUCCUGCAUCAGUCUGUGCUUCACCUCCUGCAUCAGUCUGUCCUUCACCUCCUGCAUCAGUCUGUGCUUCACCUCCUGCAUCAGUCUGUCCUUCACCUCCUGCAUCAGUCUGUGCUUCACCUCCUGCAUCAGUCUGUCCUUCACCUCCUGCAUCAGUCUGUGCUUCACCUCCUGCAUCAGUCUGUCCUUCACCUCCUGCAUCAGUCUGUGCUUCACCUCCUGCAUCAGUCUGUCCUUCACCUCCUGCAUCAGUCUGUGCUUCACCUCCUGCAUCAGUCUGUGCUUCAACUCCUGCAUCAGUCUGUGCUUCACCUCCUGCAUCAGUCUUUCCUUCACCUCCUGCAUCAGUCUGUCCUUCACCUCCUUCAUCAGUCUGUGCUUCACCUCCUUCAUCAGUCUGUGCUUCACCUCCUUCAUCACUCUGUGCUUUACCUCCUGCAUCAGUCUGUGCUUCACCUCCUGCAUCAGUCUGUCCUUCACCUCCUUCAUCAAUCUGUGCUUCACCUCCUGCAUCAGUCUGUCCUUUACCUCCUGCAUCAGUCUGUCCUUCACCUCCUUCAUCAGUCUGUCCUUCACCUCCUGCAUCAGUCUGUCCUUCACCUCCUUCAUCAGUCUGUCCUUCACCUCCUGCAUCAGUCUGUCCUUCACCUCCUUCAUCACUCUGUGCUUUACCUCCUCCAUCAGUCUGUCCUUCGCCUCCUCCAUCAGUUUGUCCUUCACCUCCUCCAUCAGUCUGUCCCAUCUGUUCUUCACCUCCUUCAUCAGUUUGUCCUUCACCUCCUGCAUCAGUCUGUCCUUCACCUCCUUCAUCAGUCUGUCCUUCACCUCCUUCAUCAGUUUGUGCUUCACCUCCUGCAUCAGUCUGUCCUUCACCUCCUCCAUCAGUCUGUCCUUCACCUCCUGCAUCAGUCUGUCCUUCACCUCCUGCAUCAGUCUAUUCUUCACCUCCUCCAUCAGUCUAUCCUUCACCUCGUGCAUCAGUCUGUGCUUCACCUCCUGCAUCAGUCUGUUCGUCACCUCCUGCAUCAGUCUGUUCUUCACCUCCUUUAUCAGUCUGUGCUUCACCUCCUUCAUCAGUCUGUCCUUCACCUCCUUCAUCAGUCUAUCCUUCACCUCCUGCAUCAGCCUGUCCUUCACCGCCUGCAUCAGUCUGUGCUUCACCUCCUGCAUCAGUCUGUCCUUCACCUCCUGCAUCAGUCUGUCCUUCACCUCCUCCAUCAGUCUGUCAUUCACCUCCUGCAUCAGUCUGUGCUUCAGUCUGUGCUUCACCUCCUUCAUCACUCUGUGCUUCACCUCCUGCAUCAGUCUGUCCUUCACCUCCUGCAUCAGUCUGUCCUUCGCCUCCUGCAUCAGUCUGUCCUUCACCUCCUGCAUCAGUCUGUUCUUCACCUCCUGCAUCAGUCUGUGCUUCACCUCCUGCAUCAGUCUGUGCUUCACCUCCUGCAUCAGUCUGUUCUUCACCUCCUGCAUCAGUCUGUGCUUCACCUCCUGCAUCAGUCUGUGCUUCACCUCCUGCAUCAGUCUGUCCUUCACCUCCUUCAUCACUCUGUGCUUUACCUCCUCCAUCAGUCUGUCCUUCAUCUCCUGCAUCAGUCUGUCCUUCACCUCCUUCAUCAGUCUGUCCUUCGCCUCCUCCAUCAGUUUGUCCUUCACCUCCUCCAUCAGUCUGUCCCAUUUGUUCUUCACCUCCUUCAUCAGUUUGUCCUUCACCUCCUGCAUCAGUCUGUCCUUCACCUCCUUCAUCAGUCUGUGCUUCACCUCCUUCAUCACUCUGUGCUUUACCUCCUGCAUCAGUCUGUGCUUCACCUCCUGCAUCAGUCUGUCCUUCACGUCCUUCAUCAAUCUGUGCUUCACCUCCUGCAUCAGUCUGUCCUUCACCUCCUGCAUCAGUCUGUCCUUCACCUCCUUCAUCAGUCUGUCCUUCACCUCCUGCAUCAGUCUGUGCUUCACCUCCUGCAUCAGUCUGUCCUUCACCUCCUUCAUCAAUCUGUGCUUCACCUCCUGCAUCAGUCUGUCCUUCACCUCCUGCAUCAGUCUGUGUUUCACCUCCUUCAUCAGUCUGUCCUUCACCUCCUGCAUCAGUCUGUCCUUCACCUCCUGCAUCAGUCUGUCCUUCACCUCCUGCAUCAGUCUGUGCUUCACCUCCUGCAUCAGUUUGUGCUUCACCUCCUGCAUCAGUCUGUCCUUCACCUCCUCCAUCAGUCUGUCCUUCACCUCCUGCAUCAGUCUGUCCUUCACCUCCUGCAUCAGUCUAUUCUUCACCUCCUCCAUCAGUCUAUCCUUCACCUCGUGCAUCAGUCUGUGCUUCACCUCCUGCAUCAGUCUGUUCGUCACCUCCUGCAUCAGUCUGUUCUUCACCUCCUUUAUCAGUCUGUGCUUCACCUCCUUCAUCAGUCUGUCCUUCACCUCCUUCAUCAGUCUAUCCUUCACCUCCUGCAUCAGCCUGUCCUUCACCGCCUGCAUCAGUCUGUGCUUCACCUCCUGCAUCAGUCUGUCCUUCACCUCCUCCAUCAGUCUGUCAUUCACCUCCUGCAUCAGUCUGUGCUUCAGUCUGUGCUUCACCUCCUUCAUCACUCUGUGCUUCACCUCCUGCAUCAGUCUGUCCUUCACCUCCUGCAUCAGUCUGUCCUUCGCCUCCUGCAUCAGUCUGUCCUUCACCUCCUGCAUCAGUCUGUUCUUCACCUCCUGCAUCAGUCUGUGCUUCACCUCCUGCAUCAGUCUGUGCUUCACCUCCUGCAUCAGUCUGUGCUUCACCUCCUUCAUCAGUCUGUCCUUCACCUCCUGCAUCAGCCUGUCCUUCACCUCCUGCAUCAGUCUGUGCUUCACCUCCUGCAUCAGUCUGUCCUUCACCUCCUGCAUCAGUCUGUGCUUCACCUCCUGCAUCAGCCUGUCCUUCACCGCCUGCAUCAGUCUCUCCUUCACCUCCUGCAUCAGUCUGUGCUUCACCUCCUGCAUCAGUCUGUGCUUCACCUCCUGCAUCAGUCUGUGCUUCACCUCCUUCAUCAGUCUGUCCUUCACCUCCUGCAUCAGCCUGUCCUUCACCUCCUGCAUCAGUCUGUGCUUCACCUCCUGCAUCAGCCUGUCCUUCACCUCCUGCAUCAGUCUGUGCUUCACCUCUUGCAUCAGCCUGUCCUUCACCGCCUGCAUCAGUCUCUCCUUCACCUCCUGCAUCAGUCUGUGCUUCACCUCCUGCAUCAGUCUGUGCUUCACCUCCUGCAUCAGUCUGUGCUUCACCUCCUUCAUCAGUCUGUCCUUCACCUCCUGCAUCAGCCUGUCCUUCACCUCCUGCAUCAGUCUGUGCUUCACCUCCUGCAUCAGCCUGUCCUUCACCUCCUGCAUCAGCCUGUCCUUCACCUCCUGCAUCAGUCUGUGCUUCACCUCUUGCAUCAGUCUGUCCUUCACCUCCUCCAUCAGUCUGUGCUUCACCUCCUGCAUCAGCCUGUCCUUCACCUCCUGCAUCAGUCUGUGCUUCACCUCCUGCAUCAGUCUGUGCUUCGGGUUGUGUUUUUGUUGUGAUCUUUGA